GAAGUCUGCAGGAAGAGAAAGCCACCCAGCAUGUCCCCAGUGAACCAGUCAGCAGAAGGCCUUCCCCAGGAGGCUUCCAACAGAUCCCUGAACGCCACAGAAACCCCUGGGGCUUGGGAUCCCCGGACCCUGCAGGCACUCAAGAUCUCCCUUGCCGUGGUCCUCUCCGUCAUCACACUGGCCACCGUCCUCUCCAACGCCUUUGUGCUUACCACCAUCUUACUCACCAGGAAGCUCCACACGCCCGCCAACUAUCUCAUCGGCUCCCUGGCCACCACAGACCUCUUGGUUUCCAUCCUGGUCAUGCCCAUCAGCAUCGCUUACACUACCACCCACACCUGGAACUUUGGCCAAAUCCUGUGCGACAUCUGGCUGUCUUCAGACAUCACGUGCUGCACAGCCUCCAUCCUGCACCUCUGUGUCAUUGCUCUGGACAGGUACUGGGCCAUCACUGAUGCCCUGGAGUAUAGCAAGCGCCGGACGGCCUGCCAUGCGGCCACCAUGGUCGCUGUCGUCUGGGCCAUCUCCAUCUGCAUCUCCAUCCCGCCGCUCUUCUGGCGACAGGCCAAAGCCCAGGAGGAGAUGUCGGACUGCCUGGUGAACACUUCCCAGAUCUCCUACACCAUCUACUCCACCUGCGGGGCCUUCUACAUCCCGUCGGUGUUGCUCAUCAUCCUAUACGGCCGGAUCUACAGGGCCGCCCGGAACCGCAUCCUGAAUCCGCCCUCGCUCUAUGGGAAGCGCUUCACCACCGCCCACCUCAUCACGGGCUCUGCGGGGUCCUCGCUCUGCUCGCUCAGCUCCAGCCUCCACGAAGGGCACUCGCACCAGGCCGGGUCCCCGCUCUUCUUCAACCACGUGAAAAUCAAGCUUGCAGAUAGCGUCCUGGAACGCAAGCGCAUUUCCGCAGCUCGGGAGAGGAAAGCCACCAAAACCCUGGGCAUCAUUCUGGGCGCCUUCAUCGUCUGCUGGCUGCCCUUCUUCGUGGCAUCUCUGGUCCUCCCCAUCUGCAGGGACUCCUGCUGGCUCCACCCAGCCCUCUUUGACUUCUUCACCUGGCUGGGCUACUUAAACUCCCUCAUCAAUCCGAUCAUCUACACCGUGUUCAACGAAGAGUUCCGGCGAGCAUUUCAGAAAGUCGUCCAUUUCCGGAAAGCCUCCUAGUCUUUAUUGGGUGGUGGCUCUUGUUAUCUUGUGCGUCCUGCAACCCAGCUGGGACUGUC